AAGAGAGAAAUGUCAAAUUAUGGAAGAAUAACCAUUCUGCAAGACUAAAAUAAUACUAAUAAAGUUUAAAGAAGUUUAUUUAAAUAAGGUAGAGAAAUCUAUCUACCGACAAAUAUAUAAAUAGAAAUGGAUUGUGAUUAAGUUCUAUAUUGGUAACAUUUGUGCCUAAACUGUAUAACCCGGCGGAAGUCCAACAAAUAUCAAACAGCAAACGCCGAAGAUAUAGAUAAAAAGUUCUUCAAAAUCCACAUAAUCCCAGUUCUGUUAUCAGUGAGUCAUUAAUUAUUACAUUAAAACUCGAAAUUACGAAAGGAGAUCAUUGCAAAGACUUGUUGCUUACGAAUUUGGACAACAAACUGUAGGCAUCAAACGCAACGCUGGGAAAAAUUAUGAACCUCUGUUCCUCUGCCGGCGCUACAGCAUCAUCAUCCUCUUUGGCAUCGGAAGACGCAGCAGCAGUGGAAAGUACGAACGUUAGUGGGAAAAACGGUAGCGGUGGUGUAUUGACCACACAUUGUUUUGGAAGCAGCAAUAGCAGCAGUAGCUGCGCCGCAGUUUUAACGACGAACCUUUCAAAUAAUCCAACACACAGUGGCAGCGGUGCCAGCGGUAGUAAUUUUGGAAAUAACAACGAAAUGCCACCGGAAACACGUCCAAAGAUGGUAACGGUGAAACACCCGGAAUCUAAUAAACCCAAACCAACUACAAAGAAAAGUAAACCAAUACAAGCUGAUCAGGAUGUUGUUAAAGCGCUUCAGCGUUGUCGGGAAGAAGGUAUAAAACGCUUGGAUCUAAGCAAGUCCUCCGUCACAGUUAUACCAACUUCAGUAAGAGACUGCGUUCAUCUUACAGAACUUUAUUUAUAUAGCAACAAGAUUAGUCAACUGCCGACUGAAAUAGGGUGUCUCGUGCAUUUAAAGACACUUGCUUUAAACGAAAACUCGCUAACUUCUUUACCAGAGUCGUUACAAAAUUGUAGGCAGCUUAAAGUACUUGAUUUAAGACACAAUAAGCUUGCAGAAAUUCCUUCGGUGAUUUAUCGGCUGCGUUCUCUUACCACGCUCUACUUGCGUUUCAAUCGCAUCGUCGCUGUGGCAGCCGAUAUACGUAAUUUAACUAAUUUGACUAUGUUGAGUCUGCGUGAAAAUAAAAUUCGAGAAUUGGGUUCCUCCAUUGGUGCAUUGGUAAACUUAACAACACUGGAUGUCUCUCACAACCAUUUAGAACAUUUGCCAGAAGAAAUAGGCAAAUGUGUAACUUUGAGUGCACUUGAUUUGCAGCACAACGAACUAUUGGACAUACCGGAAACCAUUGGCAACUUGAAGAGCUUAGUAAGAUUAGGCUUGAGAUACAAUCGACUAUCAAGCAUUCCGGCAUCGCUGAAAAAUUGCAAAUUCAUGGAUGAAUUUAAUGUCGAGGGCAAUGGUAUAACACAGCUACCAGAUGGUCUAUUAGCUAGUCUUAGUGCACUUACAAAUAUUACACUAUCGCGCAACUCUUUUACGAGUUACCCAACUGGUGGGCCUGCUCAAUUUACCAACGUCUACAGCAUUAAUCUGGAGYAUAAUCGUAUCGAUAAAAUACCAUAUGGAAUAUUUUCACGAGCCAAAGGCCUCACAAAACUCAAUAUGAAGGAAAAUGUGCUUACUGCUUUACCGCUCGAUGUAGGAACUUGGAUUAAUAUGGUCGAAUUGAAUUUGGCCACAAAUGCUUUACAAAAGUUACCCGAUGACAUAAUGAAUCUGCAGAAUCUAGAAAUUUUGGUACUAUCCAACAACAUGCUCAAAAAGAUUCCCAGUACCAUAGGUAAUCUGCGAAAAUUGCGUAUUCUCGACCUGGAGGAGAAUCGCAUUGAAGUACUGCCCAACGAAAUCGGUUUAUUACAUGAAUUGCAAAAAUUAAUUUUACAAACAAAUCAGAUCUCUAUACUGCCACGCAGUAUUGGUCAUCUCAGCAAUCUGACUCAUUUGUCAGUUAGCGAAAACAAUUUACAGUACCUGCCAGAAGAGAUUGGCUCGCUGGAGAAUCUGGAAAAUCUUUAUAUCAAUCAAAAUCCAUGUUUAGAAAAGCUACCUUAUGAGCUGGCACUUUGUCAAAAUUUGAAAUACUUAAACAUUGACAAAUGUCCUUUGAGCACAAUACCACCUGAAAUACAAGCUGGCGGCCCAUCUCUAGUACUCCAAUGGUUGAAAAUGCAUUCGCCCUAUAGGCAGAUGUGAGUUAGCGGUUUGGGAUAUGUCAGCGAUGGUGGGAGUACACAAUGGCGUACAUUUUAUACAAGUAACGAUUGCUAUUUAGAAUUUCAGUUGGAGGCAGAGGCGGAUACGCAGCGACGCUAACAACGUCGUGCUUGGAAAUGCACUAUCAUUUGAGAUUAUUACUUACAAAUAUUGGAUGGUGCAUCUCCGACAAUUGUUGCCAUCGCUAAGUUAAUGAAUAAAAAUAAUAUAAAAAUAAGAAGAACAUAACUACCAAUUAUUAUUAAUUAUAAAUUUCUUUAAAACGAAACUUAAAAACGACGAAUAUGCCGAGUGGAGUCUUGCAACUACUAUGCGCAACUCACUCGCAGUAAUAAUGAAAACGAAUUGUAAACAAUAUUUUCUGUUGUAAAAAUUGUGUGAUGGUGAAACAAAAUAUAGCUUUAAAAAUGCUUCAGAAAUUGAUUGUUUAGUGGAUUGUGUAGUUGUUAACAAAUAUAAACUAUUUGUAUAACUACUAACGAAUCAACAACUCUAAAUUAAAACAAAUAAAGUUCUAUAAAUUCAUAUAAAAACAAAAAAAAAAAAA